UCGUUGGUGUUGGUAGUUAUGGAAGUUCAAAUUCCACGCGACGCGGCGGCGGUAUUUCGGGAUCGGCCCCCGAUUGAUCUCUAUCUUUUCUUGGCAAGACAUUCUCAGCAACUUCCGUUGUCGCUUGUUCAUCCGCGUCACACUCAUCAUUGCAGUCCACAUUGAGUCACCAUGGCAGCAGCACUGAAAGCCCUCAAUGCGAAGAUUCGCUCCAACAAGUAUACCGAUUACUUCUGCUCGACCCACUUCUGGGGUCCGGCGAGUAACUUCGGUAUCCCUCUUGCGGCCAUUGCGGACAUGAGCAAAGAUCCCGAGAUCAUCUCCGGUCCUAUGACUGGUGCUCUUUCCGUCUACUCCGCCGUAUUCAUGCGCUACUCUUUGGCCGUCACACCCGCAAACUACCUUCUCUUCGGUUGCCACGCUAUCAACUGCUCUUCUCAAAUUGUUCAGGGAUACCGAUACCUUACCUACUGGAACUGGGGUGGACGAGAACUCGCCAUGAAGGCCAAGGAGGCAGCUGGCGACGCGGCCACCAAGGUCGAGGCGACUGCAAAGUCUGUGACAAAAUAAGCAUCUAGCUCGGGCUGCCUGCAUUUU